AUGGAGGAUGGACACAGACCUAGUGUGGAGCAGCAGAAACGAUUAAAUCCUAAUAUGAAGGAGGUAGUAAAAAUGGAGAUUAUCAAGUGGUUGGAUGCUGGGAUCAUAUUUCCUAUUUCUGACAGUAAUUGGGUGAGUCUUGUGCAGUGCAUGCUGGAAAAGGGAGGCAUGAUAGUUGUGGCAAAUGAGCAAAAUGUGUUGAUACCUACCAGAAUGGUGACGGGCUGGAGGGUGGCUGGCCACUUGUCAAGGCUAGAAAAUCAAGAGCAUGUAGAGAAAGGAUGGGUGAUUAAGGAGACGUUCCCAGAUGAGCAUCUUUUUGCAGUCACACAUGAUCCACCACCAUGGUAUGCAAAUUAUGUAAAUUUCAUAGUGAGCGGAUUACUUCUUCUAGAAAUGCCACCUGAAGGGAGGAAGCGAUUUCUAUAUGACAUAAACUACUAUUUCUGGUAUAAGUCAUUCUUUUAUUCGCAAUGUGCUGACCCACUGAUGAGGAGAUGCAUUUCGAAGAAGGAGGUGGAGUAG